AUGGGACUUUCUCUCGACAAAGAAUUCGCUGAAAUGAUUGCGCCGGCUUGGCACAUCUUGAACAAGCCAAAGCCCAAAAUCCACGACGUACAAGGCCGAAGGCUUGCCAUGGCCUCUUUAACCGAAGCCGGCACGCCUGACCUUAUACCUGAAGGUACUGCGCAGGAGAUUCUGUCCGUGCCAGCCGAGGACGGCUUCGGUAUCCCACUAUGGCGUGUAUCCCGGAAACCCGGCACGGAGCCCAUGCACACCAAGCCUGGCCCUGCUGUGCUGUAUAUGCAUGGCGGUGGCUUCGUCGCACUCGGCGUGGAGACGUUUACGAGGAAGCUGCACGCGCUGGUCCUCGCAUCGGGUGUCACCAUCUACGCCGUGAAUUAUCGGCUCGCCCCGGAGCAUCCGUACCCGACCCCGCUGGAAGACUGCUGGACGUCUUUACAGUACAUUCGCGACCACGCUGCGACGCUGGGCGUGGACGUGGCUCGCAUCGCAGUCAUGGGCGACAGCGCCGGGGGCAACCUCGCCGCCGGCGUCACGCUGCUGGGGCGGCAUCGCGGCAUCACGCCCCCGAUUGCGAGCCAGUUUCUCAUUUACCCCAUGCUGGACGACAGAAACAAGGAGAAAAUGGAAGCUGGGGUGGUGACGCUCUGGGACCAAGAUGAUAACGCGACGGGGUGGACGGCCUAUCUGGGAGCCAAGGCUGGCGGAGACGAGGUGCCCGUUUAUGCAGCUCCUGGCAGGCUGACGGAUGCUGCUGGACUGCCGCGGCUUACUCUAUAUGUUGGACAGCUCGACCUGUUUGUCAAGGAAAAUGUGCGCUAUGCGUUGCUGUUUCUGGAGGCGGGCAUUGAGACGGAGCUGCGUGUGCUUCCUGGGCUGCUGCACGGGUUCGACGAGCUCGCAAAGGAUCUUGCAGCUAGUAAAGAAUGCUUUGCUCUUCAAGUCAAGUUUAUGGAAAGGUUGUUGGAGAAUUGA